AUGAGCGCAUUGUCCAAAGUCAAUUUCCCAGGCAAUUUAAUACUGAAACUCCCGGAGUAUGCGCAUACCCAGUUUUUGCUAUAUGAAAAUUCAUUCCUAAUAUCUCCUUGUAGACAAGCAACAACUGAGGAGAUAGUUGAAUGGCUCCAAGAUUUAAAUGAAGAUGAUGAUGUAGAGAUUAUAGAAAACAUCAAUAAUGCCAAUUUUAUUGAUGUCACUUUGCUCCCCCCCGAAGAACAGGAGUUAUCCGAUUGCGAUUACGCAGAUGAAGACGAUGAAGGUACACUGGGUGAUUUGGGUCGUGGAGUUCUUAAAAGGGCAUGUGAAAUAAGAACUGAUAACUCAGAAGUGGAGGAGCAACAGUUUCUAAAUGAAGCGAGCAGUUCACUAGCCCCACGUACAAGGACUUCAACUCAAAGGAAAACUAAAAAAAAGAAGAUUUUCCGAAAAUUGUCCAAGAUAGUAGUAAAAGCAAGUGAAUGUUCUAUCACAGCAAUACGCGAACAUACUCCGGACAUUGUAGCAGAUAUUUUGGAAAAUGAUAUAAGUCCAAUACAACAUUUUAAAAGAAUUUUUGAUAGCGAAUUUAUGGAAUGUAUACAAUCAGAGACUGUUAAGUACGCCAUAAACAAAGGAGAUGAAGCUUUCACCGUAAAUCUUGAGGAGUUAUACACAUAUUUCGGUAUCCUUAUACUAAGUGGAUACAACAAGGUUCCAGCUAUUAGCAUGUACUGGCAGACAGAAAGUGAUGUGUACAAUCAUUUAGUGGUAGGUUCAAUGGCGAGGAAUAAGUUUGAAAAAAUACAUCGCUACCUUCACAUCAACUUCAUUUUCUGUAGACGAAUCGAUGGAGCCGUAUUUUGGUAAGCAUUCUUUCAAGCAGUUUAUACGAGGAAAACCAAUUCGCUAUGGAUACAAAAUUUGGUGUAUGACUACUUCAGAAGGAUAUUUGUUGAACUUCGAUUCGUACACCGGAAAAAGCAUGAUUCGAUCUAAUGAGCCCUUAGGUUUAUCUAUCAUAAUAAAUUUAUGUUAUCACAUAGUUCCCGAACACAGCACUGUAUUUCUAGAUAACUAUUUCAAUAAUUUUAAAUUAUUGGAAGAGUUUGAUAAGAAAAAUAUAACAGUGGUGGGAACGAUUCGCUCGGACCGCAUUGAAAAUGCUCCUUUGAGCAGCAUGAAAAGAGAACUCCGUGGUACUUGUGAAGCACUAAAAUCUAAAAAUAUUACCCUAGUUAGGUGGAAUGAUAACAAUAAUGUCACCAUUGCAACAAAUUAUAAAAACGACAACAUAACGACAACAACCGGAUUAUGCAAAAGAUAUGAUCGACAACAGAAACGCACACAAGACGUAAAGCAACCAGUCAUUAUCAAGGAGUCUAAUUCGGGAAUGGGUGGAGUCGAUCUCUUUGACCAGCAAAGGGCAGCGUACCGAACUCGGAUUCGGUCAAGAAAAUGGAAUUGGGCCAUUUUCAGAUUUUGCUUAAAUGGUGCCGUUGUAAAUUUAUGGAUAUUAUUUAGGAAAGCUUAUCCACAAGUUACUCUUCUCGGCUUCAUUUGACGACUUACAAGGAGCAUACUUUCAAAGCCAAAAGAUUUUCAUCCAGUCGCAUGACGAAAGAGAAAACGAGAAAACGAAACCAGCGCCGAUGCAAAAAUUGUGAAAAGUGUACGAAAUUUAUAUGCAUGAAAUGUAAUUUUGGCUUGCACCCAGAUAACUGUUUCUACAAAUAUCAUGUAAACUGAGUCUGCAACUAAAUCUGAAAAUUAACAGUGAAUAUGUCAUUAAAUAUAUAAAUACGAUGUCAAUUUGAACUCAAAA